UGCGGACGGCUGUGGAGAACUGUACUUUCUUUCGGAGGGACCUUAUUUUGCCGGAGACAAUUUGAGUCUUGGAUAUUUCCCGUCACCACAAGUUGCAAAAGAGAAAAAUACAAGCAAGUAUUCUGUAAAACUCAUCAAUGGCAGUAAUGCGGACCAUAUGUCCAUUAAACAAGCAAAAGGUGUUUUAGAGCUUGACCAGGUGGGCCACGAGUUUAUCUUUACUUUAUUCAACGUUAAGAAAAAUGACAGUGGACAUUAUUGGAUUCAGUGUCUGGAUGGAGUUUACGGAAAGCACUCUAAUGGUGUCCAAGUAUCGAUUAAAGGAAAGCCGAUAAUUGGUCCUUUGACCACAAUUUCUACAUGCAGAGAGUGUAUCGUUUUUAAGACAGAACAAACACUUGGACAAGUGUACUGCGAAACGGAUGAAGAAUAUAACGCCACAAAUGUAGAGUUUAAAAUAGGACUAAUUCGGUAUGAAUCAUUCACAUUAUCACGGAAUCGAUUUGGAUUAAAUUCAUUUGACAAACCAGCAGAUGCGUUCCAUCAACUUAGUGCAAUUUGCACAGUCUUUGGAAUACACCGGAACAUGUCAGUGCAAGCUUCAAUAUAUAUAGUCGUCGAUCCCAAUGGUCCUCCGCAUUUGUCGGCUGACGAAGUGCUUUUGGAGGAAGAAACAGUAAAUAUAACUUGCACUUCAUCGAGCGCAAGGCCGCCUCCAUUGCUGAGAUUUCUUGUCGAAGCUACUGCAAUUGAUACCAAUACCAAUGUAUCAACAACGCUUAACGACUCAACCGGAUUAUACACAUCUGUAUCCACACUGCAUUCGUUUAAGAGAGAGUGGGGAAACAGGAACAUGUCAUGUCAACAGCUUCCGGAAGUGAAUGGAUUAUAUCACGAGACAAUGUCAAACAGUGUAUAUAUAAGUUACAAAUGUCCCCCAUCACUUAUCAUUCUUGUUAAUGAACAUCGCAAACUUUCAAAAGUUAUAAUUGCAAGUUGUUCAUUGAUGUUCGUUGAUUCAGCAUGCAAUAUUAAAUGGGAAUCAACAAUUGAACAUUUCAAGUACAAUUUAAUUAAAAACCGUAUCUUUAAACAAACAACAACGGUAGAAAUUAGUUUCAGCGCCACCAAUGACGAUUAUGGAAAAGAAAUAAGAUGUAGUACUGAAUGUCAAAACUCCAAGAAUGCUCUUGAAAACGCAACAACUGUCAUAUUUGAAAAAAAACCGACAGUGGUUGUCUACACAACCCCCGUUUUACCCGUUCCACCAAAUACCAACAUAACGCUCACAUGUGAAGCAAAUGCCCAUCCUGUUGGAAAUAUCACUUUGACGAUGGUGAAAGCGUCUAAUUCAAAAUCAUCACAAACAAAGACGUGUUCGAACGCAUCAACAUGCACUUAUGAAAUAACUACAUCUGACGUUGAACAGGUUUACUCGUGUUAUGCACAGAACGAACAUGGCAGUGACGAAGGGUCAAUUAUAAUUGUUCAUGAGCGUGAUUAUGAAGAAGUGGUAAUUCUAAAAGAAAAACUGUAUUUGAAUUGUUCAAAGUAA